UUCUUUAACAAAUUUGUUUACAUUUUGAUUUCCCGAUCAGGAACCGUUUACAACAAACUUCCUGUGCAUUUCCCGGCGUUCCGGAUCCAGAUCUUCCCGUGCUGCAUUCCAAAACGGUGUUUUGUUUUUCGUUUCUGUGAUGUUUUGACUGUAAAGUGUAUAAAGUCGUUUUAGUGUAGUUAAAAUGGGAAUUACCGGUCUAAUUCCGUUCCUCGAGAAAGCUUCUCGGAAGUGUCACCUCCGGGAUCUGCGCGGCCAAUGUGUGGCCAUAGAUUCGUACUGUUGGCUCCACAAAGGUGCGUUCGCCUGCGCGGAGAAGCUGGUCCGCGGAGAGGCAACGGACGUCCACAUCCAGUACUGUUUGAAGUUUGUGAAUCUGCUGCUGGCCAAUGAGAUCAAGCCGAUUUUGGUUUUUGAUGGAAGGCACCUUCCGGCGAAGGCCGGCACGGAGGCCAAGCGGCGAGAGUCGCGGGACAGCUCGAAGAAGCGAGCUGCGGAGCUGUUGAGGAUGGGCAAGGUUGAGGAAGCGAAGAGUUUCCUGAGGCGCUGCGUGGACAUUACUCAUUCGAUGGCGUUGGAACUGAUAAGGGAGUGCCGGAAGCGGAACGUGGAUUGUGUUGUGGCUCCUUAUGAGGCUGAUGCACAGUUGGCGUUUUUAAACAAGAAGGGGAUUGCGCAGGUUGUUAUUACGGAAGAUUCCGACUUGAUGCUUUUUGGGUGCAGCAAAGUGCUGUUCAAGUUGGAUCUGACCGGAAGUGGGCUGUUGAUUGAGAGGGAGAAGCUAGCGGUGGCCAUGGGAUGCAAGGAGGAGAAGUUCACCUUUGACAAGUUCCGGUACAUGUGCAUUCUUUCGGGGUGUGACUAUUUGGACUCACUUCCGGGGAUUGGAUUGGCCAAGGCGAAGAAGUUUGUAUUGACAACGGAGGACACGGACAUUCGAAGGGCGCUGGGCAAGAUUCCGGCGUAUCUGAACAUGCGCCAGCUGCAGGUCUCGGAAGAGUAUAAGGAUAACUUCCUGAAGGCGGAUGCCACCUUUCGUCACAUGGUCGUUUACGAUCCCACCGAGCGUAAGCAAACCCGGUUGAACGAUCCGGAAGAAGUUGGGACUGAUCCGGAGUUGUGCUGCAACGCUGGCACGUUUUUGGAGGAUGAGAUCGCGCUUCAGCUGGCGCUCGGCAACGUGGAUCCGUUUAGCAUGAAACAAUUGGACAACUUUCAUCCGGACGAUCCGGAAUGCCAACCUACCGGUGGUAAAACCUCCAGUUGGAACCAAUCUUCCGUGACGAAGCACGCGAGCGUGUGGAAGACAAACUACGUGCCACGACCAGCGGUUCUGGACAUUCGGCAGAACUUCGCCACCCAGACGUCGCAAAAACCAAAGGAAUUCAUCAAACGACCCGUCCCGAACCCGGACUUUGAGGAAGGGGAGAAGAACGAAACCAUCGACGAUGUGCUGCACGCGUACGGAAUCAAACCGAAGGACGAUCCGCCGCCGCUAAAGCGGCUUUGCCUGACGCUGUCUACCGAUAAGCGGACGAAGCCGGUUAAUUUUGACGAGGUGGAAGCGUUGGAAGCCAUGGAAGCUCUGGAGGCCAGUCCAAGCAAGACGAAGCGAAAUCCGUUUGUGGUCAAUUCCACCUCUUCGAAUCGACGCAGUGCGCCGGCAGACCAACUCCUUUCCCCAACCAAACUCACCCCGGAAACCAGUUCCUUGCUGCGCAACGUUAGCCCGGUCAAACGGAUCGAGUUCAAACCAACCGAAAAGCUCAGCCGCUUCAAGCGCACCGUUUUCGCCAACGAAGGCCAAAAGAUCAUCAGUCGGUUCUUCUCGGCUGGCGCAGCCAGCACCAGCGUCAGUCCCAAAACCGCUCCCACAACCCCCAAAAAAUCUUCCCCACUCAAACAGGAAACCAACCUGUACCUCAUGUCCCCGGAGGCGAAACUCGCUCACCGGGGCGAACAAACGCCCACCAAAAAGCGCAAAUCGUCGGAGCGCACGGAAAUCUCCGACUCGCCGAAUCCGCCGUGCAAGGUGGAACCCGCGGUCGAGCAGGUUGACAGUGGUUUCGUGGAGGAACCGGAGAGCGGGUUCAGCUCGUCGCAGAAGGAGAACGAGGACGAGCAGAAGGGCACCAGUUCCCGGUUGGCGCUCGAUUUUGGUCGCAAGGAACCGAGCCGGUUUGGGCGGGAAUCGGCGAGCCAAAAUGAGGACGUUGGAGUGGUCAAGAUGGCAGAGGAGGAUGAUGAUGUGGUGGAGAUCGUAGAGACGAAAGAGGUAAAGACUGAAUUAGCGGUGGUCAGUAGUCAGACGAUGCGCAGCUCUGCUGCGGAAGCGAAGGCCGGAAGUAGCUCCCAGCAAAAGAAGAAUGUCGCUUGUCGGCGAGUUGGGCUGGCGAAGGGAAAAGCCGUGAAGGACACAGGACCGACGCAGAGUAAACUUUCCAUGUUUGGAUUUCAGAAGAAAUCUCAACUAAAAUAAGACACAAUUUGAAGAUAUUAACAAGCUCACUGCCUCCUGAAAGCAUUUAAGCGUAUGAUAUAACGGAACACCUGUUUCAUUUAAGUUUGUUCUAUUAUGUUUUACAAUGAAAAGUUAACGUUGAAAUAAGAAAAAAAUGGACU